CAUAUGAAAGGCAAACACUGUGUGAAUGCUGUGAAUAAGUGCUGAGAAAUGCCUUUCAUUUGAUAAGAGAAAUACAUUUUUUGAUCACAAAAUUGGCGUUUCAUUGACUAAAAGUUGUGUUCAAUUAACUCAACCCUCGAUUUCAUUAUCUAAUCGUUGAUCUCAUAUGUAAUGCAAGACAAUAGCGACCAAAACAGUAACGAUGAGCACCACUACAGACGCGCCGUCAGCUUAGAUCCCACCAUCGCUUCCACGACAGCACCCGAGACGGCGAUCACCUCUUCGGCCACUGUUUACGAGAACCCACUCUUCGUGGGUCAGGACAACGACCAGACGGUCGACGCCAGGGGUUCGUCGCUGAGGAGGCAGGUGUCAGAGCCCGCACGCAAUCGACACCAGAUUGUCACUAACGUUGUCACCAGAGCUGAAUCCAUCAAAUCAAUGGCUGUGAGAACCGGUCAACAGAUCUUAGGUAUCAAUCCAGACAAUGACACAAACGAUAACGUUUGGGACCAAAGAAGACGACGACUUCUUCGUAAUUAUGGAAAAUUGAAACAAACGGACCCGCCAGCCAUUCAAAUGAUAGCCCCAUUGACGGCACAAUCUCCAGGUUUUGAUGAAACGGACGGUUUAUCGCGAACUAACAAAAUGACAGCAUUUUCAGACAAUCGAGACAUGAGUCCCGAAGACAUCGCUCGAAAGCCAGCCCUAAAAGUGACAAUGAAAGCGACCGCUUUGGCAUACAAUGCGAUAAAGAAAAGAUUUUCAAACCGUAACGAACAGCAUAUCGUGAGAACCGGAGAGAUUGCCGAACACUUGUAUGAAAGGGGCGACGGAUCGCAGACAUUGACCGCUGAUAGUGUCUUCUAUCCAUCGGCCGAAUUAAUGGGUCAAAUCGAUGACAACUUCUUUGUUAAACCACCAGAAGGUGUCUCACGAGAAGAAGUGGUUUCAAGAGAAGAAGUGGAUGCGUUGACAAGUCAUCCGAUGGCGCGUAUGGCAAACAAAUGGUCGAUUCACAGACAAAUCUCAGUUAAGGAGAAGAGUAUUCCCAAACAGAUAAUAGAUUCAAUGCUUAAGACCGAUAACUCGAAUCGUCGCGAAUUUGGUUUAGGGUUUAUCGACAGACUUUUGGGUCGAAAACCGAAGAAAAACCUUUCGAGAGAUGAUAGAAAAGGAUUGAAUACCUUUAACGACCACAUCGACGACUUUCGGCCAUAUUUUACUUAUUGGAUAACAACCGUUCAGAUUCUGAUUCUUAUAAUCUCGUUGAGUGCCUACGGUUUCGGACAUUUUGGUCUCGGAAUAGAACAGAUUAAUGGUUUGGUUUACGUCAAGAGUCUAUCCCUCCAACAGGUCGACUAUUUUGAAACACAAAACUUUUGGGGCGGACCGCGAGCUGCUGAUUUAAUACAUUUGGGCGCUAAGUAUACUCCGUGUAUGAGAAAGGAUCGCAAAGUCUAUGAGAUUAUAGAUGACGAGAGAAACCAAGAGAGAAAGACCGGGUGUUGUAUAAGGAAUGAUGGGUCGGGUUGUGUUCAGACUUACCGGGAUAAGUGUUCAGUAUUGCUGUCCACAUUUGUCAAAUGGCACGGCGGAGACCUCGAUAAUAAUGGCCGCGUUUCCGGUCCCGUUUGCGGUCAAGACCCGCGCUUCUGCGCACAGCCGGCAUCUAUCGAUCCCUACCAAUGGCCCGACGAUAUAACUAAAUGGCCGGUGUGCCGAAAAACUUCUGCCAAAACUGCUUUCCUUUCUCAUAUGAAAUGCGAACUAAUAGGCCGUCCCUGUUGUUUGGGUGUCAGCGGCGAGUGUCACAUAACGACGCGAGAGUUUUGCGAUUUUAUCAAAGGGUUCUUUCACGAAGAGGCGACUCUUUGUUCACAAGUGUCGUGUAUGAAAGACGUUUGCGGAAUGAUUCCGUUCUACACUGAGGACAGUCCGGACCAGUUCUACCGAAUAUUCACACCAAUCUUCUUACACGCGGGUCUGCUUCACAUCGCUAUCACUAUAAUCUUCCAGUACUUUAUAAUGAAAGACAUUGAGAAGUUGACGGGUUGGGCGCGAAUGGCCACCAUUUACUUAACGUCGGGUUUUACCGGCUAUUUAGCGAGCGCUGUAUUCCUGCCAUUCAGGCCAGAGGUGGGACCGGCGGGUAGUCUCUACGGAGUGAUGGCUUACUUUUUUGUGGAACUUUACCAAAUGUGGAAAAUUUUGGAGAAGCCGUACUUUGUAUUAGCGAAACAGUUGGCUGUGGCUCUGGUGCUGUUAUUCCUGGGAUUCCUGCCGUGGAUUGACAAUUACGCUCACGUCACCGGUUUUGUAAUCGGAGGCCUCUUAUCGUUGGCUUUAAUACCGAGUAAUAUGAAGGCCGAAACCCGAACCAAACAUAUAGUGAUUAAAAUAUGUUGCUUCGCCGCCGUUCUGCUCAUUAUAAUCACUCUCUUCGUACUCCUAUAUAAUGUUCCCAUUUAUGACUCGAAAAUAUUUAAGUACUUUAAUUGCAUUCCGUUUACAUCUGACUGGUGUGCCAACCAAGACAUUCAAGUCAAUAGAAUUGAUAUCUUGUAAAUCAGAUCACAAAGUCUUUAUGUGUUAAUUAAUUGUUUAGUUUAGUUCCUGUUUUCCAUAUAUUGUAUAAAAUGUAAAAAUUAGUUCAUAAAUCAUAUGCAAGUGCUUUAGUCAAUGGAUUGGAGUGUCGGCCCUCCAUAUCCCUGAUUACUUAUUUUUGCAAUCAUUAAAUUAUUACAAUUUUAUUAUUACCUCAAGUUUUUAAAAUUUAUAACAUUAAUUAAAA